CUAUGGGAUGGCUAAGUGGUAACAAUAGUAACAGUAGUGGAAUAUCUACUAUAAUAUGUGUAUUGAUGUAAAUGUGAUUUACCUAAUCAAAUGUGAUGCCAACUGACAACUGAGUUAACGUUAUUUGUUGCACUGUUGGCCAUCCAAGUGCUGCACUGCGUCUGUGUGUCAGUCCGUAUGUCUGUCAGCACUGGUAGUGCUGUUGCAUCGACUCUAGCCUUCAGUAGAAGUCAGCCGUCGGUGCCGUUCUGUAUGAGACUCUAUGAGUUAGCGCACAGUUAGUGUCAAGCAUUUGAUACAUAGCUGUGUGAGUGAAACAGUGAUCUCAAUCUCCCUAAUCCUCAUAUCUUUGCAUUGCAGGCGAAGUGCUGUUUAAUAAAUGCAAUACAAUAUAAUGCAAUAUACGGCACAUUAAACACUCAUUGAUUGCACAUUACAUACGGCACUGACUGACACAUAGAGUAACUGUAAAAAUAAUAGUCAAAAGUCCAUAGUUUGAUAUAAUAGUGAUAUUAAUGAUAUGAUAUAAACAGUAUAACAGUUGGUCACUAUUGUUGCUAUUAGUCAUGUCGGCCAACACUGUAGCCGAAUGUGCGGCCUGUCAUAAGGCUAUACGGGAACGGUAUCUAUUGAAAGCAUUGGAUCAGCUCUGGCAUGAAGACUGUCUCAAAUGUGUUUGUUGUGACUGUCGUUUGGGUGAAGUCGGGUCCACACUCUUCACUAAAGCUAAUCUUAUACUUUGUAAACGCGAUUAUCUCAGGAUGUUUGGUGUGACAGGUCUUUGCUCGACCUGUAAUAAACAGAUACCGGCGUUUGAAAUGGUUAUGAGAGCCAGAGGAAACGUAUAUCAUUUAGAGUGCUUCAAAUGUGAGGCCUGUUCUCAUAGGUUUUGUGUGGGCGACCGCUUCUACUUAUAUGACAAUAAGGUUUUGUGUGAAUAUGAUUACGAGGAAAGGAUCGACUAUACAAACGUCAACCAAAAGUCAAGUCUGGAUCGCAUUAAAAGACAGGUCCAGGAAUUGGUCGAUGUGUGCGAUGGCACCGGUGAUGCCGGCUAUGCCAGCGGUGACUCACCACUUGAUACAAAUCGACAAACAUCAAUGAAGAAGAAAAGACAGGCCUUAUAAAUAAAGGCAACGAUUGCUGCAAACAAAGAGACAGUGACAGCCUUUGCUCAGGUAUUAUAUGGUUAUACCUCUAAAUAAAAGGCAAUACAACUAAUAGAC